AUGGUUCAGUUUCAGGGCAAGUUCAAGAAGAUCGCCAGCAUGGGACAGGAGAACUCCACCAACAUUUGGGCUGGUGGUACUCUAGAUGGCGAGCUCAACCUUGGCUGGAUCAUGUCCAAUGUAGCGUCAGUGGGUGCGAAGUUCGCAAAGAAGAAGACGGGUGGCCGAUUUGUUAUCGACCUAGGCACCAAGACCAGCCCCUGCUUCAUGGGCUUCCACAUUCGUGCUUUGAUGUGCUUCAACCGAACACCAGAGGGUGAAGAGCCGCCCAAACUGGGUAGUGACGAAGUGGAAAAUAUCGCUUGGGCAGGCCCAGGAUUGCUGGAGGUGGAUACAACAAGUACAUACACCUUCGUUUGGAGAGUUGCCUAUCUCGACCUUUGCACCUGGGAAUUGCUCAAGGUUCCAGCCAUCAGCCCCUUGCCACUGGAAAGUGUUCUGGGGGACAUCAAGUCAGGCAUUGCUUGUAUCUACGACUUGGGCCAUUGUGGGGGAGAUCACUCCAAGUUCCGAGAGAGCUUGAUCUUGGAGAUUUUCUUUGCUCGAGGCUCCGAAGGAGACGAGUGGCCACAACCUGCCCUACUUCCUCCUGAGAUGGAUGAUUCACCGAAGACUCCAUUGGAAGCUGCCUCAGAUGCCUCUGAGGAAGCCUCACAGCCCGAUCCCGAAGCGGAAGGCUUGGUAGUUGAGGAUGAGAAUAGUGAUAGUGACUCCACACAGGAUUCUUUGGAAGAUGAUGCGUUCGAUCAAGAUGAGGAGGAAAUCAGAGCUCUUAGCAAAAGCCAUUCCCAAGCCUUGUUGGAGAUCGAAACUUGGCGGCCUCGGAGUAUGGAUGGACCAGCUGCAAAUAUCAACGUUGAGAUGCCCUUCUACAUUGAAGCGAUCGAUCGUUUCCGACGACGGAAGGUCAGAUAUUGGUACAUUUUUGGUAUCCUCUCAGAUGCGCAGAAGCCCCUUUGGCAUGCCCGAGACUCCUUGGAACUGGCGUCGCUGUGCCGACCGAAGCGUCGGCUGCGCACCUUUCGGCGAGGACCUGGGGCACGGAGGUACACUUGCUGUGCAGUCAAGACGUUGGAACAAUUUCGCAUGGUGGUGUUAGACCACCUGAAGCAAGAGGACUCCAAGCUAAGGAACGUGCUGCUGAGGGCAGCGGAAUCGGGAACUUUGACACCCGAAAUGGUGGACAAGCAAACUUCCGGCGUUCCGACUCCCGAAGCAUCCAGCAGUCAAAUGAGCCCGGCCAGACUGGCGCGCAAAGUUCGAAAAGGCGCCAUGGGUCUACGACGGCGUCGCUGGCCGUCCAUCGCCCCACGCUUCUUCAUGGCGUCUGACAGUGUGAUUUGCGCUUUGGCCUUCGCACACGCGCGGCAGGGCCGCGGGAAGAUUGUCCAAGAGGCCCUGGUGGGUGCCGUUCACUUUGAAGGAAGGCUUUGCGAGGAGCUCUUGCGACUCUCCUCCGAUGGAAUCCUCAGAUGCUUCACGCCCUACGACUGUGAAAAGCCCCGGGUGAGUGUGCAUGUGUCGGAGAUUCAGCAGGUCGAUUCGGUGCCAGGUCUUUUUCUGGGACGCUUCCUGCUGUGGCAGGUGCACACGGUGCUGCGAGUCUUUGUGUUCUGCUGCGCGGAUGGCGCGGAUCGGGAGUUGUGGAUCUCCAAUCUGCAGCAAGUGAUGUCCCAGUUUCAUGACUCCAGCCAGCUCCUGACUCCCGCGGAGACGAAGCAGCAGAUCGACUCCCCCCGGGAGCCCAUGACCCCAAAGACGCCGGCCACAUGGAAGUCCUCCAGGUCGACACCUGCAGACGUCUUUGGGUCCAUUGCUAAGAAGGCCGCGGUCAAAGUGGCCGGUGGAGCCUCCUUGCGCGCCAUCGCCAGUGGCCAAAGGGUGCCAUCCAAGGAGGCCAUUCUCUUGAUGGACUCUACUCGCGCACGCCGCUGGGGACAUCGAAGACGCUUGGUGCUGAACGACCGGAUUCUCACCAGUGCACCGAAGCAGGCCUUUGAGUCGGACAUUGCUCAAGUUCUUCUCGAAACAGCUCUUUCCCUGGGUGAUGUGCCAGCAGCUGGAGAUGUAGCUUCGUUCCUUGAUGCCACUUGCUUGCUGAAGGCUAUUCAAUUUGCCUCAUGGAGUGAAGCUGAGCAAUUGGCCUUUUGGGUCAAUAUAUAUCAUUGUCUUCUCUUGCAUGGAUUUCUGAUUUUUGGUGCUCCGCAGACAAAAUCUGAGAUGAGCAACUUUCGCAAUCGAGUCAGCUAUUUGAUUGGGUCAAGGCCGAUGAGCCUGCGAGAGAUCGAGACCGUGAUUUUGCACGUGCCUCGCAGUGACCCGCAGGCGGCGCGCCAGGCGCGCGCACGCGCCAGGCAGUUGAUGGGAGUCUUUGGACUCUGUUGGGGAAAGCUGCCCCAUGCGUCGAGACCCGUGCCUCGCGUGAACGGUGACGAUGGACCAGACUCUCCAGUGAGCCGUUUGGAUGAAGCGGUGGGGCAAAGUGAUACGUUGGGACCUCUUUGCUUACCAAAGAUGCAGCUCCCGAAAGUUCCGUGGGCGAGUGGAAAGGUCCAAGCUUGCCUGUACCUGGGCAUCUCCCCAGAAAGUUGGAUCUUGCCGAAGCAAGACUUGAGAGUGGUCUUGACCUUGAACCGUGGCACGCUGAGCUGCCUCUCUGCGAUUCCAGUGUUGACUCCAGAGAACUUGGAGCAAGAACUCGAUUGCAUGGCACAUCAAUUUGUGAGUACUUUCGUGGAGGUGCAGCUUCGUGACACGGUUCCUGAGAGGGCCACUUUGCCCAUGAUGUGCCAAGGGAUUCUGCAGGAGUUCCGAGACAAUGAGCGCGACUUGUUGGCUUUCAUUUGGAACUUCAUGUCCAAGGAGGCAGCGCAGCUGCCGGAGCGCAAAGUCCGGGUGAAGUUCAAGAAGUUCCCACAGGAUGCGCGCCCCCGCGCGCAGUUCUUCAAGGCCAUCUUGACGCCGAAGACGAUGUCGUCGUCCACGAGCUUUGAAGCCUUGGGGAGUGCCGCCAAGGCGGGGAACCGAAUGGUGGCCGGUUCUUGCAUGAGCCUGGUAGCUUUGAGCCAGAAGGCCUCCAGUGAUGUGAGAGCCGGUCGCUGGCGUUUGGCCUUCCGUCGGCUUUUCGCUGACCUGAAGCAUCAUGGCUUGCAGCUGGAUGAGCCGGCUGCGACCUUGGGCAUCAAGUCCUGCUCUGCGAGCAACAGCUGGGUCUUUGCCUUGAGGGUGCUGGAUUUGGCACGAGAUGCUGGUGCAUUUGAUGCCGUCUUGUGUAGUGCUGCACUGGAUUCUUGUGGAACCUCAGUGAUCAUGGCCAAUGCAGCGGUCUCAUGCUUUCAACGCACGCGCUUUUGGCAGCAUGAUGAGGAUCAACAUGGCACUUGGAGCCGCGGCAGCUUCCAGUUGGAGAAGCGGAGGGCGGAUGUCUACGGAUGGACGUCUGUGAUCUCCGGCUUCACGAGGGCGAGCCGCUGGGAAAGUGCCAGUUCUUUGGCUUCUCAGUUGGCUCGGAGGAGGCUUCAGGCCCAUCUCAUCACCCAGAAUGCGCUGCUGGGAGGUCGAAGUGAAGGUGGACCCAGUGGACCCGGUUCUGCCGCUGGAGCGGGACGUGCGGGACGUGCGGUACCGGCGUCUUCUCGCCCUUGGGACCGGGCCUUGCAGCAGGUCAGCAUCGGAUUUGAUGCUGCUCGGCUGAAUGGUGAUUUGGCCUUGAAGGUUGUGACCGGCUGUUCCUUGGUUUCUGCCGCAACUCUUGCCAAGCAAUGGGCAUCUGCUGUGGGGUUUCUGCAUGCAACGCGUGAGCGCGGUGUUCUUCUUGAUGGCAUUGCGUGGAGCGCAGGUGUUUCAGCCUUGGCAUUUGGCUCUUUUUGGGAAUCAUCUUUGUUGCAAGCCGCCGCCACCAUUUCAGCUUGGAAGGGUUUGUCUGGUGCGAUUACCAGCACACUGCUGGGCUCUUGCACUUUAUGGGAGGUUGCCAUCAAUGUGUUAGCCUCGACUCAACAUGCGAAUUUGGAGCCUGAUGCCAGCUCGGAUGGUGCGGCGGCAUUCUUGAGAAGUAUCUCGAAAGGUAGCUGGCAACAUUCCUUGGCUUUCGCUGAGCGCGACCACGAAGCAUUGAAACAAGCUUCUGUCGCUGAAAGCAUGGUUCAGUGCCUGCUGCAGGCUGGCUCCUUUGAGCUGACGGCCUUCUUCGUGACCACGGUCUUUGUGCAGCUGGGCUUCUUGGAUCCGAUGCUGAUCGCCUUGAAUUGGCCCAUGGUCAUCAACAAGCUGCAGGUCUGGAGACUCUUGACGCCGGUCUCCUUCUUCGGAACCUUUAGCUUCCAGUUCUUGUUCCAGAUGUAUUUUUUUUCCUCAUUCUCUUCCAAGCUCGAGCAGAACCAGGCUUUUUCUCAGCCUGGAGACUAUUUAUUCUUCUUGCUGCUGCAGAUCCUGCUCCUCGACGUGAUCUCCCUGGCAUUGGCCUGGCCAGCGGGAUUUCCCUUUCUGGGUCCGUCCCUGGUCUUUGCGAUCCUCUAUUACUGGAGUCGUCGAGAACCUUAUGCCAAGCUUUCGUUCUUUAGCUUCAGCAUCCAGGGCUACCAAUUCCCGUUCGCGCUGCUGUUCUUCCAGCUUUUGAUUGGUGGCAAUAUUUGGAUGGACUUGCUUGGCCUGGCCUCGGGACACAUCUACUACUUCUUGGCUGAGGUGGUCCCACAGGAGUAUGGAUACACCUUCAUCAAGACUCCUGCGGUCUUGACCAACUUCAUGGCCCGACAAACCGGCAGAGGUGUUCCGGCAGCAGCACAGCAGCAAACCCGAUUCCAGGGAAGAGGUCAAACUCUCGGAGGUAACUAG